GGAUGGUAAUGAUAAAUAGUAUGUGGUUAUUUUACCCACUACUUCAGCCAUAAUCGUUCAAUAUCCUCUUCCUAAUAUCCCGUUUCAGUGAUCAUCCAAACUGUUUUGAUUACCUGGAUUUCUGUCAGCAAAUCAAAUCCAUUUGUCGCUCACAUUAAUUCCUUCCCAAAUCCAUGAAAAUCCAUUUUCUUUCUUAUCCAAAAUUCACUCUUUGAAUUCAAUACAAUCUUAUACUAACCAAUUUCCGUUUCUAUCGUCAGCAGCACCUUUGGUAAAUAAGCAAGGCAGGCUUCCAAUUUUCGUCAAUUUCACUGUGGACUGGUCGCGUUGUUGAAACCAGAGUAGGAUCAAUCAGAGUUGGUUUGGCUUGCUCCAAUGGCAGAUUUCUCACUCCCUAAGGAUUCUUAUUUUCUUGGAUUUGACAGCUCUACUCAGUCUCUGAAGGCAACUGUUCUAGACUCCAAUCUCAACAUUUUAACUACAGAGCUUGUCCAAUUUGACACUGAUUUGCCCGAUUACAAAACCAAAGAUGGAGUUUACCGAGACCCCUCAAUUAAUGGUAGAAUUGUUUCACCCACCUUGAUGUGGGUGGAAGCUCUAGAUCUCGUACUUAAUAAACUUGCCAACUCAAAUUUGGAUAUUGGGAAAAUUGCUGCUGUUUCUGGUAGUGGACAGCAACACGGUAGUGUCUAUUGGAGGAAGGGCAGUUCUUCGAUAUUAUCAUCAUUGGACCCCAAGAAGGCAUUAGUGGAUCAGUUCAAUGAUGCCUUUUCUGUAAAUGAAUCUCCGGUAUGGAUGGACAGCAGCACCACAGCACAAUGUAGAGAGUUAGAGAAGGCUGUUGGUGGAGCAUUAGAGUUAUCCCAACUUACGGGUUCACGUGGUUAUGAAAGAUUCACAGGUCCACAGAUUAAGAAAAUAUUCGAGACACAUCCCGAAGCUUACAACAACACUGAGAGGAUCUCCCUUGUUAGUUCUUUUAUGGCGUCUCUUCUCAUAGGGGAAUAUGCUUGUAUUGAUGAAUCUGACGGUGCAGGGAUGAACUUGAUGGAUUUAAAGAAAAGGGCCUGGUCUAAUAUACUUUUAGAGGCCACUGCCCCUGGUCUAGAGGGAAAACUUGGAAAGAUAGCCCCUGCCCAUGCUGUUGCUGGCCACAUUGCUCCCUAUUUCGUGGACAGAUUUCGCUUCAGCAAGAAUUGUUUGGUUAUUCAGUGGUCAGGAGACAACCCCAACAGUGUGGCAGGUUUAACCCUAAGUACCCCAGGGGAUCUAGCAAUCAGUCUUGGCACAAGUGACACUGUCAUUGGGAUUACUGAUGAUCCUCAACCUAGAUUGGAAGGACAUGUUUUCCCUAAUCCUGUUGACACAAAAGGGUACAUGGUAAUGUUGUGCUACAAGAAUGGGUCUCUAACUCGUGAAGAUGUUCGCAAUCGCUAUACGGAAAGCAGUUGGGAAAAAUUCGCUCAACAGCUUUCGUCUACAUUACCUCUAAAUGGUGGAAAGUUGGGUUUCUACUACAAGGAGCAUGAAAUUCUUCCCCCACUUCCAGUUGGUUUUCACCGCUAUGUUCUUGAAAAUUUCAACGGUGAAACUUUGGAGGGCGUGAAUGAACAUGAAGUGGAGAAGGAAUUUGAUGGUGCUUCUGAGGUUCGGGCAGUAAUAGAGGGCCCGUUUGUGUCAAUGCGAGGUCAUGCAGAAAGAUUUGGAAUGCCUUCUCCUCCAAAACGAUUAAUAGCCACAGGGGGUGCGUCAGUAAAUCACUCCAUCCUGGGCAUAGCAGCUUGUGUUUUUGGAUGUGAGGUCUACACAGUUGAAAGACCGGAUUCAGCUUCUCUAGGAGCUGCAUUGAGGGCUGCUCAUGGUUGGCUAUGCCACAACGAAGGAGGUUUUGUGCCCUUCAAAUGCUUGUAUGAGAAGAAGCUAGAGAAUACAUCUCUCAAGAGCAAACUUGUAGCAACUCCGGACACACAUCUAGUUCCAAAGUACGGGUUGAUGGCGAAGAAGAGACUUGAAAUAGAGAACCGCCUAGUUGAAAAAUUUGGACGUCUCUAAGAUUUCAUUUAGUAUAUGUUUUAACGCUGGGAUGGGAUGCUUCAGAUUGCCUUGUAUAAAAAUAAAAAAAUAAAAAAACCGAUGAUUCUAAUCCUUUCAUCAUUUUGGUGUUGGUAAAUGAAACUCGAUGUUGUCACAAUCCCUUUUCCCCCAAUGAAUAAUAUCCAGUCCUUGUUUAGCUUUUCAAA